AAGGCUAUAUGGAAUUCCAAACAGCAUCCCAAAAUUUUCGUUCAGUACUAUACCAUGGAAGUUUCUGUUACUCUUGUCUGUCAUAUACAUGUGCAUACACUUUGCAAUGAUGGACGGAUAUGGAUACAAGAAACCAUCCAGUUCCUAUAAACAUCAUGGAGGAAAAUGGGGUAGCAAGCACGGCAAGCAUCAUGGUAAUAAUCAUCAUUCAGCUUACGAUAAAGGACAUCAUGGGCAUUCUCAUGGUCAGCAUCAUCAUGGCCAUAAAGACCAUGGUUGGAAAAAUUGGAAUUUCAAGAAAGGUUAUAAACAUGGAUAUCACGCCUACGGAUCUCAAUUUGGGCAUGGAAACAAAGACUAUGGUCAUGCCAACAAGCACUAUGGUGGACAUCACAAAGAUCAUGGAGAUAAACAUUGGGGACAAAAACAUGGUGGUCAUCAUGGGCAUCAUGAUGGGCAUCAUAGUGGACAUGAUUCUCACUGGGAUAAACAUAGUGAGCAUAAACGUUCUUUACCCGAUAAUACUUACACAAUAUCAAGUCAAGACCAAAUUAUUUCCCGUAUUAACAAAUCCAUGUUGUAUGGCGAUGAACCUCAAAUGUUAUUCCUCAACAGACAAUAUCCUGGACCAUAUAUAAAUAAGGAUGGAAGAAUAUUGAUGAAAGAAAUAUCUUUGUACCAACUUUUACUCAAUAAAAAUUUUAACAAAAAUCAGAUAAACAAUAAUAAUAAUUCUACCAUUUUGGAAAAAGAAAAUUAUUCAGGACCAGCUAAAAAUGAAGCAUUAGAGACAAAAGAUUUCAAAAUAGCUUCCUUUAUAUCCUCGAGCAAAAAUUCAGAUUCUAAGCGAUUUCUAUCUGAGCCUAUAAUGUCUGCUCAAAAUGACAUGGAAGGUGAUGACAUGGAAUCAGUUGAUGAUAGUGACGAUGGAUAUUAUGAAGACGAUGAUGAAGGCGAAGGACGUGAAUACGUUGGAGUUGAAGGGGAAUCUGAUUCAGGAAUGCCUGAAAAAUUAGCAAAAGCUUAAUUUUAAAUUUUAAUUUAUUAUGUAUAUGUAUCCAAAUAUUUUUACCGCUGUUUGAUUAUUUAUUUUAUCAUUUAAAGGC